AUGCCAGGCAUUUUACCUAUGAAGGUGAUCAAGGUCGGGUCAAGUGCCCAAGCCCGUAUCGCACAAGCUUGCGACAGAUGUCGAAGCAAGAAGAUCAGAUGUGACGGAAUUCGCCCGAGUUGUUCGCAAUGCACCAGUGUCGGAUUCGAAUGCAAAACAAGCGACAAAUUGAGUCGUCGCGCGUUCCCUAGAGGAUACACAGAAUCGCUCGAAGAAAGAGUACGGAGUCUAGAAGCUGAGGUCAGGGAAUUGAAAGAAUUACUCGACGAGAAGGACGAGAAGAUCGACAUGCUCUCUAAACUGCACUCUGCAUCCGCACAAUCAGGCUUCCAGAACUCAACACGGAGAACAUCGACCUCGCCAUCUGCGGCAUCGCCAAACACAAAUAGCGAAGACGUCUUCCAAGUACAGCAGACCCUUCAGCUCGAUGGAAACGGGACAAAUGCUCAUUUUGCUGGCACGUCAAGUGGAAAUGCCUUCUAUGACUCGUUCUCAAAAAGAGUGCAAGAACUCGGCCGUCCAUCACCAGCUGUGAACGUCCAGAAUCUGUUGCCCGGAAGUACACACAUCGCUCCUCGUGACCCUCUUUCAGAUCCCAUCGUUUGGAAGGCGCCUGCUAGGCUCGAGUCUGAUCAACUGAUUGGCAUCUUCUUCCAAGAGUGGGCACCACUUUUCCCUAUUCUACACCGCCCUUCUUUCCUCGAACUCUACCAGUCUUACAUGUCUGCUCCCGAGAAGAUCAUCGACAACUGCAGCCAUGCUCAAUUGAACCUAGUCUUCGGUAUCGCAGCACUGUCCAGCGGUUCACGCGACUCGUCUGAACUGCAAUCAUACGAGUCACAAUGGCAGGCCGCUAUCGACGCGAUACUCACAGAUCACAGCAUGCCUACUCUGCAAUGUUUAGUACUUGCACAGCUAUACUGCAUGCAACGCGGUGAUUAUGACAGACUUUUAACUUACAAAGCACUCGCCGUCACUCUUUCUUCCAGACUAGGCCUACAUCAAUCACAGAAGCGAUUCGCUCUUGGCGCUUCUACCAGUGAGAUGAGGAAAAAGGUCUUCUGGUCGCUCUACACAGUAGACUGUUUCUCCGCUGUGACUCUGGGUCUUCCCAAGCAGCUCAAGGACGAGGAUGUUCAUUGCGAGGAGCCUCGCGACGCGGACGAGGAAUAUGUUGACGAGACUGGUUUCAAGGCACCUUGCCCUGGUGAGUAUACCAGAGUCUCAAGCGCUCUUGCACUUUUCCGUGCUGCUCGCAUCUUGUCUCGUGUCUUGGAAGAGAUCUAUCCCGCUCGCUCAUCGUACGACCUCUCUUUACAACAACUCUCGGCUUUGUCGGAAGAACUCGACGCAUGGCACAACGCUCUUGCGCCACACUUGCGCCUUCCCUUUGCGAAUGACAAACCAACCACCGGAACUGUCAGCAGCCGCUCUCCUUUGCUGUCAUUGACCUACCACUUCAUCCGUGCUCUCAUCCAUCGCCCAGCAGUAUGUGCUUCUCUUGGUCCAAAAGCAUCCUCAUCUUUGCUUGCGGUCGCCGGAUCCUCGAAGCACACCAUUCAGAUCAUUGAAUUGCUAAGCGAAAGAGGAUUGAGCUUCUCAUUCUGUAUUAACAAGGAUGAACUUCUUGUCUUGUCUGGACUGGGUCUUUUAUUCCAAAGCCUGGGACUCGGGGAGACCAGCAAGCUCGUCAAGGACAAUCAGAAGAUGAUCUCGAUUGUCGUCAACAUUCUUACUCAGACCAAGGCGCCCUCAGCAUUGGAGUUUCAGAAGCUCACUCCUUCGGCUCCCGUCGUAUCAGCACAGCCCGCAGCUAAGCAACACCACCCGUCUUUGUCACGCCACAACUCGGACGGCGCUAUCCACCCGGUAGAUUUCUCCAACCAUGGACUUCCUUCAUCUUCGGAAAGGAACAGAUUCAAGGCAGCAGCUCAACGACUCAUGGCCAAGACUCCGUUCGAUCGCAACGACCAACGAAGAGCAACCUUCCCGAACAUCUCACUGCAUCAUAACGCCAUACGGACGCAGAGCCAGCCGAACAUACCCCAGGUUGCUACUUCUGAGCCCGCAUACAGCCCCGCCAAUCCUUCCCCCGCACCACUGCCCGCAUCCGCCCGACCAUCUGCGCCACCAAACCUUAGACCCGUGCGCUCCUUCCCUCAACAACACCCCAAUCUUGAUUACCUCUCCUUCAGCAACGUUCCUACCCGCGCACACUCACCUGAUGGUCACACAUCCAUCAAGCAGGAACCUUCUGAUUGGGAGCGUCUGCUCGGCUCACUGGAUAAUGGUCAGACCAACAUUUUCGAUAACAUCUAUGGCGGCCCACCCGUCGAGUUCAUGGACGACCACCAUCGCCAAAACAUUAAACACAUGGUACCUAUGGCCUCGAGUCUGCCUAAUCCGGCUCCCCAAUGGAAUCAGUCACCACCCGACGUCUGGGCCGUGACAAACUCGGAUAUCAAUGCAAUGGGCUGCAGCAUGGCUGGCAGUGUCGCUCACCCUGAGAGUGUCUUCAGCAUUGGUACUGAUGAUGGCACUGCUACCGGCGAUGAGCUGUUCGGCAACGAUUGGGGCAGCGGCAGCAGCACUAAUGGCAGUGAGGCAUAUGCAGGCAUUGUGAUGCCCCAAUUGACCCCUGACGAGCACAGCAUGUUGACCAACAUGUGGGAGAACACCGCCGUUCUCCAAGCUUCGUAG